AUGAGUCACAGAGGGCUGGGCCAGGCCAGGCAGCCACACCGGCACGCUGCCAAGCAAGCACACUGCCUGCGGAGAGGGACAGCGUGCCGGGACGCUGAGCGGGAGGGAUACCAUGCUGUGGGGCUGGGAUGGGCCAGGUCAAGGUGGCAUGGGGCAGAGCUGCAGGCGCUGGGGACCCCCGUGCCGCCUCCUGUGGAGACAGAUUCCCACUCAUGGUCACCUUCCUCCGGGAGGAAUAGCAGCAGAGAGAAGUGAGAUGCUGCUGGGAAGCAAAUGUGCGUAGCUGAUACCCUAUCAAAACCACACUGCUGCGAUACCGAGGGUGACAGUUUGCCUCAGGGCUCCAGGGUGGUUUCCAGGACGGAUGUUCACCAGGCUGCCUCCCCGGAUUUCAAAGUUGUGCUCUCUCUCCCCACCACCAUGCGGGUGGCAGCCAUGAUCCGGUACGCAGCACUACUCAUCACGCUGCUGGGCACCUGGUUCAUCAUGCAGACGUACUUCGACCACAGAUGGAAAGCCAUCAGCCUGCGGAGCUGGCUUGCAGCACCCAGCACCCCAGCCAGCAAGCAGCUGCCCCGGCACAAGUGUGGGAACCAGAAGAGCUGCCCCCAGAACCAUUUCGCCUUCAAGAUCAUCAGCGGUGCAGCAAACGUGGUGGGACCCUACAUCUGCUUCAACGACGUGGUCCUCAUGAGUAGCAUGAAAAACAACAUUGGCAGAGGCCUGAACAUCGCACUGGUGAACGGCACAAGUGGGCAGCUCCUGAAAGUGGGCACGUUCGACAUGUACUCCGGAGACAUUACCGAACUGGAUACCUUCCUCCAAGGGAUCAAGCACGGCACCAUCGUGCUGAUGGCCAGCUACGAUGAUGCUGCCACAAAGAUGACCGACAAAUUACGGGCACAGUUCAUGGAGCUGGGCAGCAGCCAUGUGAGCAAGCUGGGUUUCCGGGACAACUGGGUCUUCUUGGGAGCAAAAGGGCUGAAGAACAAAAGCCCCUUUGAACAGCACAUCAAAAAUGAUAAGAAUACAAAUAAAUACGAUGGCUGGCCUGAGGUGCUGGAGAUGCAGGGCUGUGCCCCCAGGAAGAUGGAUUAG